CCCGGCGCACCCCGCGCAGGACUGCAGCUCCCAUGGCGCCCCGCGGCGGCGGGCUCGCGGCAGGACCGUUCGUGCGUUGCGGCCGACCUGCCCCGCAGCGCCCCCGUGCGGCAGUGGGCGGCGCUGCCCUGUGCGAGGACCCCAUUGCCAGUGCCGAGGAUGGGGGCUUUCGGCGGUGCCAUGGCUGCCUUGAAUGAGACCCUGUGGCAGCUGGGCCACACCGCCUGGGCCAGCCUGGAGGGCUGCCUGGAAGCCGAGCCGCUGCGCCUGCUGGCCGAGAGCCUGCUGGCUGCACUCUGGCUCACCGCCUCGGCCAUCUCAUCGGGCCUGGCCGUGCUGAGCAGAGCACUGGGGGAUCUGCUGGAUGCCUGCGGCUUGCACGGGGCCUGGCUGGCGGGCAGCGUGGCGCUGAGCCCCGGCGCGGUGCAGCGGGUCUUGCUGUGGGGGCUGUUAGCUGUGAUGUGGGUCCACCUCCUGCCGUGGCUGCUGGGCCGGGUCGUGGCACUGCUGCGGCCCGUGCUGCGCUGGCUGCGGCUCUGUGUCUUCCUGGGAGCCUUCCUGCACGUGGCGGCGGCAGAGGACAGCGGCCUCGUGGUUCGGGCAGCCAUGCUGCUGGGGCUCUGGGGGCUCUACGUGCUGCUGGGAGGUGGCAGGGCCCCCCCGCCCAGCCCUGCUGCACACCUGGAGGCUGCUGUGCGCAGCCUGGAGUGGAAGGUGGAGGAGCUGCGGAGGAGGCAGCAGCGCUAUGGGGCAGCACGGGGCCGUGCGGAGGAGUGAGGGGUGUGGGGGGGCCCUGUGUGUGUGUGUGUGUGUGUGUGUGUGUUUGUGUGUGUAUGGGCCCCCCCAGUGCCCCGCAUCAGUGCCUUCACUAACACCAUGCCCAAGCCCUGAACCCGCUCACACCAAAGUGCCUGGGGGGUCCCACACCGGGUAACCCCCCCAGCCAUAGGAUGAGGGCUACGUGCUUGGAUUGCUGUUGUGGAAUUGGCCACAUUGGUUUGCUGCUGUGUUUAUUUGGCCACCAAAUAAAGUUUGCUGUCCACACUGUG